AUGCUAAGGAGCAGGGCAUGGAGACCAGCCAACAACCUACGGGCGUUCUCCCAUUCAUGUCUGCGCCCUAAUGCGCAAUCAACGGACCCUCUGUCUCCGCGUCGAUCAAAUGAUGGUGUAGAGGGCUCGCAAGCUCAACACCGCCAGGAAACUCAUGCCAACGUGUCCGAGGGCGUUAAAGAAUCACCCGGAACUGCGUCAGCUGGUUCAAACCUCCAGUCCGCUGAAUCUCCUCGACCGCUCAAUUCCAAGACAUCCACAUAUGAUCUAGACACCGUCAAACAGCGCUUGGGAGAUUGGAUGAUACUUGCCUCUGCUGUAUUCAAACAGCAAACGGAAGAACUCCGUCAACGCACAGAUGUGCUCACACAGAAAACGUCCACAAAGUUCUUUCAAUUGGGUUCUCAACUCAAUCGUGUAACGGGUUACGAGCAGAUCGAAGCGCUAAAACAACGGGUGGUUGAACAAGAGGCUAGAAUCACAGCUACUCGACAAGCAGCUCGAGAGGCUAAGACAUCGUAUGACGAUGCUGUUUUGCAGCGCUCUCUCUCUCAGCGCCAAGUGAAUGAGCUGUUGCAGCGCAAAUCUUCGUGGUCAGACAGCGACGUCAGCGCCUUCACUUCUCUCGUGCGUGCAGAUCAUCAACUGGAACAACACGAGGUCGCGACGAAGGCCAAGGUCUCCGAGAAUGAAGAUGCGUUGGAUAGGGAGUUUGGAGAGCUCAUGCGCGCCAUUCUGGCUAGGUAUCACGAGGAGCAAGUUUGGAGUGACAAGAUCCGAAGCGCCAGCACCUAUGGGAGUAUGAUGGUGCUUGGGGUCAACGUGGUGGUGUUCAUACUGGCCAUCAUGGUGGUUGAGCCAUGGAAGCGGCGUAAACUGGCGCAAACGUUCGAAAAGAAAGUGGAAGAAAUGGGCACGGAGACCAAAGUUUUAAUAGAGUCUGGGAGUGCACAAUUGGAUGAACGGCUAGUGAAGCAGGAGAGGUUGAUCUCAGAGAUUGUGGAAAGGGCGGCAUACGAUGCUCGACACCUGCCUGGCUUGAUGCCGGUGCCAGCUGUGGCAGUGUCUGUUGCUGAGGAAAAAGUAGGCAUUCAGUCAGAGUCCACCGCGCUGUCAUCAAUCUGGUCACAUCCGAUAACACGAACUCUCCAAGAUCGGGAGGUACUGCUUGCUGUUGGCAGUGCUAUUGCAGGUAGUGCAAUUACCCUUGUGGCCCGAUGUCUUUUCGGAAGUUAG